AUAUUAAACAGAAAAGAAGUCGCGUCGAGUCGAAUCGAGUCCAAGGUGUUAAUAUAAUUUUCAAUAUGCCCGACCGCAAAUGUUCCUUCAAAAUAAGCUUGGCCGAGUCCGAGGAUAAUUUGAUUGAAAGUCUGAGCAAUCUGCUGAAGCAGUGCUCAGAGAAGGCGACCCAGCUCUCGCCACUUCCCACUUUCAGCAUUGGCCUCUCAGGUGGCUCUCUUGUGCAGCUGCUGACAAAAGCCCUAAAGAGAAGUGCACUGGACACCACCAACUGGGAGUUCUUCUUCUGCGAUGAACGCUAUGUGGCUGAUAAUCACAGCGACUCCACCUAUCACGCCUAUAGAACCGAGUGGCUGGACCAGCUGCCAGCCAUUCUGGACUCUCAGUUUGUCAAGGCGGACACCACCAAGCCGUUGGAUGCAUGUGCCGCCGAUUACGAGGCGAGAGUGAAGGUCAAACUGGGCAACAGUGCCAGUCUGCCACAAUUCGAUUUGUUGCUGCUGGGCAUGGGACCGGAUGGCCACACCUGCUCCUUGUUCCCUGAGCAGCCAGCCACACUGAAGGAGACCUCUCGCCUGGUGAUUCCCAUACGAAAUUCUCCAAAGCCGCCGCCCGAGCGCAUCACCUUUACUCUGCCGCUGAUCAACAAUGCCAGGGAUGUUGCAUUUGUGGUGACCGGCGCCAGCAAAUCGGAUGUUGUAAAGCGUGUGUUCCUGGAGCAGGAUAAACAGUUUCCCGCUGCAUGGGUGGAUCCCACGCAAGGCCAGCUGACCUUGAUUGUGGAUGCGGGAGCUGGAUCACAAAUUAAGUGACUUGUAGAAUUUCCAGGAGCAAGCGGCUUUUGUAUAUAAUAAAUAAUGGUUUCUAUUA